CUGUUGCUCUUUAUUUCCAUCCCAAGAGGAAGCUAAUAUAUAUAUAUUACCCGAAGUGCUCCUGUGGCUUUGUCCUACGCUAAUUAUUUAUAUAGUGCUAGUUCUUGAAGAUGCCAGCUGGGAGAUGUAGGACAACAAAAAGAAAGUUUUGAGUCUGGCCUAGCUCUAUUGAGAUGGCCAUUUUAUGGUCCUGAUCCUGAAAAUACAUGGUUAUUUAUCAUAGGCUCUGAUUUUGCACCCAGGGGGACAGCCACAUCGUCUUCCAGUGGUGUCACUGAGCAAAACCAUGAGCCUGCAGCCCUGAGUAGCCCCUUGCUCGUUUUGUGGUGCAGCUCUGGCUUUGCAACAGGACCAAGUCCUUUUCUGGGGUUUAGCUAGCUUGCUGUAAAACCCUAAUAGAGUCAGGACUGAAUGUUUUUAAACAGAUGAUAGUCAAAACCAAUUUUUGUAGUGCAGUGCAAAUUGUUUGUGACCUGUUAUGUUCCAGUGAGGUGGCCAGGCUUGUGGGGACAUGGUAGCUGCUGUUAGACCGAAUGAGUAAUCUGCAGGGUCUGAAAUAGGAGUGCUGAUCUUUAAAUGCAGUUUAAGAGCAAUUACUUUAAGUGUAGCCAUAUUAAUAGGUGAGGUGGUCUGAGGAAACAGGUGGUUGAUACCUGUGGAGAAGAAGAGAUGUUAGCCAAAGAAGAGGUGGUGAAACUGUUAGCUUCUCGGGAACAGGGAGGAAGACUCCAUUAUCAUCCAGGGACCUGCUGGAUUAGCUGCCAGGCAAAGUGUAAGGAGGUAUUGCUCUCGGUGAGAAAACUCAUUUUGCAAGUUUUGUGUUCAGUGCAGAAGGCGGCGUGCCUGACGCUGAAUCCUGCUUCCCCAGUGUUCAGCUUUGGCCUGCUCCUUUGUGUAAGGUUUAGCCUCCAUGCUGGUGCAGGUUUGGGCAUUGUGUUAACCACAGGAGUUUUGUAAAUAUGGGAAGAAUUUUGCUAAUAUUAGUUGAGCUCCACUGAUAGCAGAAAAAUUAAUGGUCCAAAUGUGGGUUGCCUGCUGUGGCUACUGUGCAAGCGAGGACUCUCUACUAUGACUAGUUGGAGCAUGAUGUCAGGUCUUCUCUGAGCAUAUUUCAUGGGCCAGUGGUUAAAAUGGUAGUGGCGGCUGCUGCCAGCCUGUGCGAGAGAUCUUGAUGCUGGUCAUGUCACCGGGGAUUUGUUAGAAAAUUACUAAUACCCUCAAGGGAGGUGAAAUAGAAAAGGGGAAAGGAGGGGAGAUUUGCGGAAGAUGAGGACAGGGAUUUUUUGUUUUCAUUGUAUCGGUUUCCUUUCCUGGUUUAUUUUUGUCUGUUGUGUUUCAGGUGUAUGAAUCAGAAUUAUCAGUAGGAGUUUGUCCUGAGAAAACUCUGGUAACCAGUCUUCUUGAGAGCAUUAGAGGAGAAGAAGGGUGUACUCACGAUGGCUGCUGAGUUGGAUUUCUCCCCACCUGAAAUCCCUGAGCCCACAUUCAUGGAGAAUGUGCUACGCUACGGACUCUUCUUUGGAGCCAUUUUCCAGCUUAUCUGUGUGCUAGCCAUAAUCCUGCCAGUUUCCAAGUCCCAUAAGACAGACUCGGACAGUUUCGAGCCUAAGAAUUCAGAGACAGUGAAGAAGCCAAAGGCAACCGCUCCACAGAUAAGCAAGAAACCCAAGAAGGAAACCAAAAAGAAACGAUAAAGCCAUGACCAAUGAGCCUCAAAAGACAAAAUAAUCAUCUACAAUCAUGCCUCUUCAGAGAUGACAUCAAAGGCAACUAACUCUAUUAAAUGGUUUUCUGGCAUUGCCAUGCUUUACCUUUCGGGGACAAGGGAGAAGGAACUUAGAAGAGUGAAGGGGCAGGGUUCUGCCAUAGAUUCCAUACAAGUAAAGAGGACUUCACAUAUCCAGGACUUCAUUUGACAUGAUUAAAUUGACCAUUAAAGGGACUUCUGUCAUUUCUGAUGGGUAUAGAGGGCUGCUAUCCUGGCUCCUCCAUGCUGGCUGGGAUUUGUAGUAAAGUCCCUGCGGAAGGUGGAGCAUGGUUUGCUACUUUGGAUACCGGUUUGUGUUGUAUUUUUUGAAGGCAGAGGGAUCAAAUGGAUCAAGGAUACCACACUACACAGCUUUGUAUUCAUCUCUGUUGUCAUCUAGUCUGAAAUACAUAGCUGCAUUUUAUGGCUUAAUAAUAAUGUCUUUGUCAUAUUCUUUAAUUCUUUAGGUAAUAACUCAUCAGAUUCCAGACUGCUGUAGAUGAAAGCUUUCAUUUCCCCAGCGUCGCUACCUCUUCUUAUUCCCCACCCAUGCACUUUUCCUUUCUCUUCCCACCCUUGAAAGCAGGUACAUUUCAGGGAAUUGAGGCUGCGGUGGGGACUGUAAGGAUCAGGGACCAGUUUGAUUCUGGAAGGUGCAGAAUGUAAUGCUUGUGCUAAUGGGGUGUUCUUGGAAGCUUGGGAAGACCAGGUACUGCACGUUGGAGAAAAGCUGCUCUGAGGUGUGAGUUUCAGAGUGCUGCAUUGGUCAGGUAUGGAACAGCUUUGCCUGGCUGUGCUGUUGAUAAAACCUCCUGUUUGCUAGCCGAGUCCUCACCACGUGCUCCGUGUCAACACAGCUGGGGUUUGUUGCAUUUGCAAACUCGCUCCCAGCCUUACCUGCAGUACUCUGCUGCAUCUCCCCUUGCUGAAUUCUUCCUGAAGUUAAAUAUGAUCUCAGCCUGAGGAGAUGUGAUGUUUUAAGAUCCAAGGGGUGGCAAGCUGUCUGUUGUAGCCUAACUAUAUGGCAAGAGACAUAUACGCUAUGUUCCUUCAGGCACUGGCUCUCCAGGCCCAGGGACAAUGUAGCAUUAGAUUUAAAUAUGGCUAGACAGGACUGGAAAGAGAUAGGUGGUGACGUAGCCACAGUCUCUCUGUAGGGCAGCUCAAGCUUCCUGAUGCCAGCUCACAUCUUGGUUUGUUUGAUCACGAAUGAGUCAAUGGGAGGAGAACCUGCUCUUUUAGGCACACCCAGGGUUCAGAGUGGCUUUGAAGGAAAGGGUUCUCUGGCAGGGCUGCAAGUCUGCAAUCCUUUUUGCAUACAUAGGCUCCCAUCCUCAAUUCACGAAUGCCUCGUGAGCCCGGACACGGCAGCAGUGUUGUGCUGCGUGUUCUCUUAACAGGAGUUGAACAGCACAUUUACAGGAACCAUCAGUGUUGAGAAUGGCCACGUUCUCUGCUCGCCCUUGCUUUUGGUGGGUGAGAUGGAUGGAUCCCAGUACCAGUUUCAUUGUAACCUCUCACUGCUUCCCUGCUCCAGGCUCUCUGCUUCUCUUCACAAGAAUGCUGACACCAAGUCGCACUAAAAUCCAGUUUAGGGUUCUGCUUUAAAUUCAGCAUUUUCUUUUUCUUUUUUUUUUUUGAGCUACAUAAAGGGAAUACUGGAAGGACAGAACAAAGCAUGGGAGACACAAGCACUCUAAAGUUGCUUUGAGUUCUCAGUACAAAGAAACAUUACAAAUAUUUCCCACGCAAAUAACAAAGAACAAUAUUGUGCUAUGAGUUUCCAUUAGGACCUGUGUUUCUGUCUCUGAUCUGCAGGGGAAUGAACAGCAUUGAUGCUGCCCUGGAUAGGUACUGCAGAUCACUUCUUCCAUUUUCAUAAAUGAAGAUGGUGGUGGUUUUAUCUAACAACUCUGGCUUUCUGCAGGUUACCUAAAGGGGGGGUUUAAUGCUUUAACGGAAUUGCAACUAUUGAAAGAGUAGCACGUGCAUUACCCAAAAUAUAGAGGUGCUUCCACAGCUAAGAACCAGUUAGUGAUGAGCACUGUGUGGUUGUUAUCUGAAAUAGCAGGCUACUACAUCAGCAUCUACAUCUAGCUAUUUGCAGGCUGGCUUACUCAUUGCUAAAUAGAAAUCAUGGAUAUUGGGGUGUGUUUUUGUUGGGGUGAAGAGGUAUUAAGAUAAAUUUCCGAGUCUGUUCCUAACAGCUUUAUAUCUAUUUGAAUGCUCUCAUUAGCUGAACUUAGAGUAUGUUUUUAGAGAUUACCAAUAUCCCAUGUAUUUUAGAUUCUCCUGAAAUGUGUAAUAAAUACAAUCAGAA